GUCCUCAGGUGUGCGUCACUAAGACAUGACACUGAGAAAGGUGGUGCUCGCUACGGCCUGUGUGCUGGCAGUGGUAGGAUGGAGUUCUGGGGUGCCCAUGACGAAGGGGGAGGCACAGGAGGGGCAGAACAAGACAGAGGCGCACCCGAAGAUCACUUACAGCAAGGAAACCAUCACGAAGGUGGAUGAGAGGGUGAAGCUGGACUGCGCCGUGGAGGGAGUCGACCUGAGUGGCGUCAAUGAUUUCAGUGUGUCGUGGAGUAAGAUUGACACAGAGAAUCCCAUCAACUCAAUGCCCAUCUCAAACGGGGAGAGGAUUCUGCUCUUCUCCAACAAGUACGAGCUGGAUCACCCCAAGAACACGCAUCGAUACUCUCUCGUUAUCAAGACAAUGACGGAGGAGGACGUGGGGCUGUACCGCUGCACUGUGGACUUCGGGGACAGUCAGAGAAUCAACGCUGAUGUCCCGGUGUCCCUCCAGUCCGCCCCUUACUUCACCGACAACAUCACCAAGACGCUGACGGUAACAGAAGGGGACUCCAUUAGCAUUGACUGCCAGCCAGGGGGGUCACCAAAGCCGGACGUGUACUGGGAGAGACUAAACGACGAGCUGCCUUACUUCGGUGGGAGGUUUUUCAAAUCCAAUCAGAUGGACCUUCCCCUUGUGCAGAAGGACCACCGCGGCUUGUACGUGUGCUACGCUGACAAUGGUAUAGGGGAGCCAGCCACGUCGCGUAUACAGCUGGAAGUACAGUUUGCUCCAGAUAUUACCGUGCCGGCCAGCAGGGUCUUCACCACCACAAACGAAGAGGUGCAGCUGGAGUGCACAGUCUCCUCCUUCCCUUCUGCUGACGUGUCCUGGUACAAGGAUGACGAGCCAAUACUGGGCGCCGCCAACACCAGGAUUCUAACCACUGACUUGAAGGAGGAGUUCGGGGUUCAGUCGACUCUCACUGUGGUGUCUGUGACCUCAGAAGACCUCGGCCAGUACUCGUGUCGCGCUGAGAACACCGUGGGCAAGGAGGAGAAGUCGAUACAGUUGACCAUCAAGUCCCCACCAAUGAUCGUGAAGCAGUCCCGCAAGGAAGUGCUGUAUGACCUCCAGGAAACCAAGUCGAGGUCCGCCCUGCCAGUUGUCUUGGAGUGUGAGGCAGAUGGCGCACCUACACCAAACUACCGCUGGACGAAGGACGGAGAGGCGCUGGCAUGGCAGGCUGACCCACGGCUGUCCCUGGAGGAGGACACGGGUAGUCUUGUCAUCUCCCAGCCUGGCAUGGAGGACAAUGGGAUGUAUCAGUGCUUUGCCUACAACGACCUGGGCACCGCAGCCUCCGACCCAAUCUAUCUUUUGAACGUCAGCAGCAUUUACUUCUCUAACGAUGAUGAGCCGAGUGACACGUAUAAUCUGGUCGCGGAGCUUGGGCGUCCCUACAAGCUAUCCUGCCCUAAGGCCUUCGCGUUCCCGGAGCCAGCGCUGACGUGGGUGCGCGCCAUCGACCACCCGGAGAACAUCGAGCUUGAAUUUGUAAAGGACGAGCGCGUAGUGACAGACCCCAACGGCGACCUGUGGUUCACUCACGUCACACACGAGGAUGACACAGCAGAGCAAGGAUUUGAGUUCAUGUGCCUUGCUAACACGCCCUUCCGCCCCUAUGACUACUCCAUCGCCUCCAUCGUCCAUAUCAAGGUGAAGGACCCUGAGGACGGGACGCACAACCUGAAGGAGGACAUGGUCAACGUGGAGAGCUUCCCGAUGUUCACGUCUGCGGAGGAGGUCACCUUUAAAGCGGGCGAGGAGAAUACCCUUUGGUGCAUCUACGGGGGAGAGCCAGUUCCAGAGAUCAUAUGGAAACGCGUGGACGAUGUAGUUACGCUCCCUAACACCAGAGUGACUACCAAGAACCACGGGAGGACGCUAGUAUUUGCCGACACUCAGCUGGAGGACGCGGGUGAGUAUGCGUGCACAGUACAUAAUGGCGUGGGGAAAGAGAAAAGUUCCGUGAUGCGUGUGACGGUGGAGCAGGCCCCUGUGUUCCGCGAGCCCAUCUCCUCCCAGACCGUGCAUGAGGGAGCCACCGUGACCUUCACCUGUGACACUAAUUCAACCACGGAUGUCGUUUACACCUGGAUGUUGAAUGGACGCCGUCUUUCUCCCAGAGACCGCCACCUCCGCCGCACCAUCGAGGGCCCGCGUCUGGUCAUCGCCGGAGUCUCCGCUACUGAUGUCGGGAACUACGCCUGCAACGCCUCCUCUCCGCUGGGCUAUGCUUACGGCCAGGCUGUGCUCAACGUACUGCCUCUAGACAGGCAGAUGAGCGGGGGUCAGUCCUGCCACCAACUGGAGGACCUGCGCGUGGAGGUGUCUCAGCUGCGCGAGGCGGUGAUGGAGCUUCAGUCUGUGGUGCUUGGCCAGCAUAACGUCACGCAGCACACCUUGGAGGCCGUGGUUGCUAUUAACAAGGAGCUGACGGUAUCCCGAGCCUCGACACAGCAGCAGGAGGCACAGGGGAGUGUGUCUUCCUGCUAGAGGAUGAGGACAGGCCCAUGCAGGACAUGACGCCUCCGUUCAGUGAUGAGGAAGCUGAAGACGUAAUGGUGUGGGUUGGCAUGAUGGAAGAGCAAGUGUUCAGACAAGAGCACAUCCAAAUUAUACAAACCUUGAGGAAGCUGGGAACUCACAGCGAUGUGUGUCUAGUGGCUGGUGACGGCCAGCACUUCAUGGUCCACUCCUUUGUGUUGGUGACACAGAGCCUUGUCAUUCAGAAAUUCUUGGACUGCAAUGCUGGCAUGGGCAUGAUGUUGCUGCAGCUUCAUGAAGUGUCCAGCAAGGGCCUGUCACUUGUACUGGACUUCUUGUAUGGAUUUGACCUGCAGCUGCAGCAGCCAGACAUCACACUGCUGCUGUGCGCUGCUCACAGCCUUGGCAUCACUGUCUUGGAGGGCUGCCCUCUGCUGCAGCAGCUCAAGUAUACAAUCAGGGCAGAUGAUGGAGGCAGCAGCAGCAGCAGGAUAGAUGAAGCAGGUAGCACAGUGGCAAGGUGCCCUACUCAACAAACCCAUCACUGCAGGGAGAUGAGAAGCCACAAGACAACCUCAGUGCUGCCUCAGGAACUGGUGGCAGCUGAGGAAGCACAUGAGAAUGAACCAGCAGUCUACCACCAGCUAUGAUUGGUGCAG